AUGGACCUCUUUCGCGAAUCUGUGGCUGGCCAGCUCAUCUACUACGCCAGUCGUAAGAAGACGCUGUACUAUCCGGAAGAAGACCCCACCUGGUCCGUCCCAUCCCGCUACUUCUCCCGCACCGCCAGCGAGAAGCCGCCGCCCGCCCCGCGGUCACCUCCCCCUGUUCGGCAUCAAGCAUCAGCAAUCAGCGCGCUGAGUGGACAAAGCGCCAACGACCGAUAUUAUACUCCUCGAGAAGAAUUCGACGGCCAGUUCUAUCCAGGCAGAGAAGAUAGCCGGUCCCUCCAGGCUCUUCAAGAUGACCGCCAUUCUCAUGGCAUCAGCCCCUCCAGUAGCGCGACUGCUAUUCAAGACGACAACGUGCGUGGCGGGAAAGAGCUGACAAAGGGCGGGAAAGUACGUGCCGGCCUCACGGAGGUUGAUCAAAUGUAUGAGGAGGAGGUACGAUCCAGCGACGGCGCCCCAAAUCGUGCGGACGACCCAAAUCUCGUCGAUUGGUAUGGCCCUGAUGACCCUGACAACCCUCGAAACUGGUCUACAUUCAAGAAGUGUUUUGUCACAUUUGACUUGUGCUUUUUGACGUUCAGUAUCUACAUGGGUAGCUCUAUCGUCACACCCAGCAUACCCGCUUUGGCAGAAUAUUUCCAUGUGUCCACUGUUGUCGCCACGCUGGCCCUUACUGUCUUCGUCGUAGGAUACGGUGUAGGACCCAUGUUCCUCGCGCCCCUCUCUGAGAUACCGGCCAUCGGUCGCAAUUUCCCAUAUAUUAUCACGCUUCUGAUCUUCGUGGGCCUGCAACCCGCCGUCGCUACCGCAAAGAACCCCGCCACUUACUUCGUCCUCCGGUUCCUCUCUGGAUUCUUCGGCUCCCCUGGAUUGGCUACAGGAGGUGCGUCCAUCGGAGACAUGUUUGAGCCCAAAAAGCGUGCGUACGGCAUCGGCAUCUGGGGUAUUGCUGCAGUCUGCGGGCCCACUCUCGGUCCGCUCAUUGGAGGUUUCGCGUACGACGCCCUCGGAUGGCGCUGGACGAUUUGGCCACUCUUAUUCCUCUCCUCGGCGUCCCUCGUCUUCCUCACCUUCCUCAUGCCCGAGACGUCCUCGUCCAACAUCCUCCUCCGCCGCGCGAGGCGCCUGCGCAAGCGCACCGGCAACCCGAACCUCUACACCACGGGCGAGAUCAUGCAGCGCAACAUGAGCGGGCGCGAAAUCCUGGUGAUGACCUUCGUCCGCCCGUUCGCGCUCAACUUCGAGCCGAUCGUCGGCCUCCUGAACCUCUACAUCGGCUUCGUCUACAGCCUGCUCUACACGUUCCUCACCGCGUUCCCGCUCGUCUUCGACGACAUCUACGGGUUCAACUCGGGCCAGGAGGGGCUCGCGUUCUUCGGCCUCUUCGUCGGCGCGCUGCUCACCUACGCCGGCUUCUGCGUGUACGCGCGCUACAGCCUCGAGCCGCUCUUCGUGCGCAAGGGCGGCAUGAUCGACCCCGAGGACCGGCUCAUCCCCGCCAUGUACGGCUGCUGGGCGAUCCCGGUCUGCCUCUUCGGGUUCGGGUGGACGAGCACGCACGCGGUGCCCUGGAUCGUGCCCAUCAUCUUCUCCAGCUUCUUCUCCAUCGGGACGUUCCUGCUCUUCCAGUCCAUCCUGAACUACGAGGGGGACGCGUACCCCGACUAUGCGGCGUCAGUGCUUGCGGGGAACGACCUGGCGAGGAGCAUCAUGGCGGCCGCCUUCCCGCUCUUCGCCGUGCAGAUGUUCCAGAACCUUGAGAAGAACGGACCAAAGGCUUUCCCCGUCGCAUGGGGCUGCGUCCUCCUCGGCUGCAUUGGCGUCGUCCUAUGUCCGCUCCCGUUCAUCUUCUAUCGGUACGGGGCCAGGAUCAGGAAAUAUAGCAAAUAUGCGACGAACGAGCCUCGCAUGGAAGGAGAAAUGGGCCCGGGCGGCGCAUAGACGAUCGCAUCGCAUUGAGACACGGGUCAGUUGGA